AUGCAACCGCAAUAUCGACGCGAUAACGUGAACAUUUUGGUCGACUUUAGCAACAGUGCAAAUGGACGUGAAGAAGACUUAGAGGGUGAUACGAAGCGCGGGUUUAAGAUCAAACUGGAGACCAUGAAGCUCCUAGGCUUCGAUACGGAGUAUGCGCGACCCGCCUGGAUGGUCAUACAAACGCUGCUCGUCCCACCUCCAUGUGUGCGUCCCUAUGCCCAAUUCGGCAGCGACCGGUCCGAGCAUGACCUGACGCUCAAGCUUUUGGACACACUCAAUGGAUGA